UUCCAAAAUUUUCUAAUCGAAAGAUUAUACAUACGAGAAGUUAGCAAAUGGUCCGCCCCAUUUUUUAGAGCAAUCAAACCAAUAUUAUAUUAGAGUAUUAAUUAUAUACACGUUUAGAUCCGAUUUUUUGAGUCGGUGAAUGAUAAAAUAUAUAUCCAUUAACGGGAGUUUAUAAAGGAUAGACUCUAUUCAUAAAAAGGCACUAACUACUUCAAUUUAACCUUUUCUUAAAGAUAAAAAUAUCUUUUCUCUGUCACAUUCAUCUAAGACUUAACUAUGGUUAGACUUAGACAUUUAGUAUAGGGAAAUAUUGUGUUCCCCCUUAUGUCCUCCUUUUAUAUGUAUUUUAGAGAUUGUGGGUAUCUUAGACAGGUAAGAUUUGGAUGAUUUUGAGGGAUGAGUUGACAUCAAGAAUUGCCCUUUUCCAACCAAACCAAUCAAUAAAUCUUUAUAUAUAUAUAAUUCCCUCUUCAUCUUAAUUUCUCAUCUUCAAGCAAUGGAUCAAAAUCAUAAUACCUCAGGUAGAGUACUGGAUGAAGGGUAUGAAGACUUGUUGCCGGUGAUGGCGCAGAAGCUCGACGUGGAGGUGUUUGUGGCCGAGCUUUGCAGCGGAUUUCGGCUGCUUGCCGAUGCAACAAAAGGGCUGAUAACUGCCGAGAGUUUACGGCGGAAUUCGGCACUUUUGGGAAUGGAAGGGAUGAACGAGAACGAAGCGGAGUCGAUGGUGAGGGAAGGAGAUCUUGAUGGGGAUGGAGCUCUUAAUGAGAUGGAAUUUUGCAUUUUAAUGGUGAGACUUAGUCCAGGAAUGAUGGAGGAUGCUGAGGCUUGGCUUCAAAAGGCAAUUGAUGAAGAGCUAGGUAAAUCUUCUUGUUAGUAAUUAUAUAUAUAAUUGUCUUUGUAAUUUAUAUUUGAACUGUAAUAAAGUACUCAAAUAUCAGUGUAGUUGUUGAUUAAUGGUUUAAUUAUAUGAGAAAGAUUUGGGAUCUCAUGCCAUAGUAAUUAAGAACUGCUUAUAGUUUAAUUUGUAUUAUCAUAUAUAUGGUAAGAAAAAUGUUUAGGUUAUUCAUCAUAAACUUAUUAUUGCAUCUACUCAAAUUAUGGUUUGAAA